GUUAUUGUUAGGCGUCGUCAGUCAGCGCGCGAAGCCUCCUCUCUUUAGAUUGUCCGCAGAACCUCUCCCUCUCUCACGUUUCACCGAGGCUUUUGACCAUUCCCCGGCGAUGAUUCUCGACAGCUGCACUUCCGAGAUGAAGGCCGAGGUCCUGUUGAGUGAGCCGAAGGAGAGCGAGGACGCCCCAGCACGCAAAGCAGAGCGACAGGAGGUGUCCUACGAGAGCCUCUCCGGCAAGUACAAGUUAUGGGGCAACAAAGAUGUGACGAGACAGUAUUUCAAGAUGUAUUCGGCGAGGCUGGAGAAGAUGAGGCCUGUGGUUGAGGCCAAAGCCAAGGACAAGUGGGGUUCAGAUACUACCCUGAAACGACUUCAUGAACUGGAUGAUGAAACAGGGAAAUGCAUCAUUGUCGGAACACUCUUCAAACGGCAGACUCUAAAACCAUCCAUUCUUAAGGAGAUCUCAGAGGAGCACCAUCUGAUGCCACAACCUGUUUUAGAAAAGUAUGUAAGCAGUGAUGAUGAUCUCAUACUUGAGGAUGAACUACAGAGAAUUCAGUUGGUGGGAAACAUAGAUAUUUCCAACCUGGUAACAGGGAUCAUCUGUGGAAUUCUCGGCCAAGAGGGCUCUGGUGGCAAAUUCGCUGUGGAGGAUAUCUGUUUUGCUGGACUUCCAGAGCCUGUGAAGCACGACGUGGUUGAGGAUGAUAGAUAUGUAGUGCUCAUAUCUGGUCUGGAGUUAAGUUCAUCAGUGGAUUCCCUCUUAUCCCUGGAACUGCUGAUCGAUUAUCUCUCUGGACAUUUGGGUCACUCAGAGGAGCAAGCAGCUGUGGCCAGCAUCUCUAGAGUUGUCAUUGCUGGAAACUCUGUCAGUUGUGCAAAGGGGGAGAAGGAAAAAACAGACAAAGUGAAGUUGGUGAAAGAACUCGAUGACAUACUAACACAGAUUGCGAGUGUGUGUCCUGUAGACUUGAUGCCAGGGGAAUUUGACCCAGCCAACCACGUGAUGCCACAACAGCCUCUCCAUCGUUGCAUGUUCCCAAAGGCAGCAGUAUAUUCUUCUAUGCAAAGUGUUUCAAACCCUUAUGAAUGUAUUAUUGGAGGAAGAGUAUUCAUUGGGAUGUCUGGCCAAAAUGUGAAGGAUAUUGGCCGAUGUUCCACAAUUGAGGAUCCCCUUGUUGCACUAGGAAACCUCUGUGACUGGGGCCAUCUGGCACCGACUGCCCCCGAUACUCUUGUUUCUUACCCCUAUGAAGGACAGGAGCCCUUCAUCAUUGAUACCUGCCCAGAUGUGAUUUUUGCUGGGAAUCAGGAUUCAUUUGGAACAGCAGUUAAAGAUGUAAAUGGUCGCAAAGUUACGCUAUUGAGUAUUCCACGAUUCAGUGACACAAGAAUGUGUGUUGCAGUGAACCUCCGUAAUCUACAGUGUCAACCAAUUUGUUUCUCAGUCGAUGGAAAUGCUUUAGCUGAAACUUCAAGUCCUGAAGCAGAAAAAUGAAUUGUGAGCUUGUCUUUUAUGUUACAAAAAAAAUGCUAUGUUUUUUACACAUUUCCUAAGGCUAUAAAAAUAUUAUUUUUGUUUUAUCUUUUUUUUUAUCUUUUUUUUUAUUUAUUUUUUUUUUUUUUACAAUGUUUAUAGUGUAAA